GUUCAUAUUCACAAUAACAUUUUAAAUGAUAUCAUCAUUGAUUCUUUAAAUUAUCAUCAUAACUGAUUGUUUUAUCAGUUGUCCAGUAAAAGUCAAAUGAAAAUAACUCAGUGUUAAAUUAAUAAACUAGUAAAAUGAUUAAUUUUGAUUGGAGUUAUUUUUUUCUAUGCGUUAUUACUACGCUUGGAUCAUUAAUUUUUCUCAGUGAUAAAGUGAAAUAUUAUUUUAAAUUUACAUAUUUUAUACUUGGUAGUAUGUUUGCAACUUCAUGGCCAGUUGUAUUUAUGUUAUUUAGACCAUUUCAUUGGAAAAAUGCCUUAAUACCAGCAUGGCAAGUUAAAAAAAUUAUGGGAUUAGUUGGUGUAAAAUUUUCAAUUAGAGGAAAAAAAAAUAUUGUAAAAGAUAAAGCCGCUGUAAUUUUAAUAAAUCAUCAAAGUUCUUUGGAUCUAGUUGUAUUGGCUGAACUAUGGCCAGUCAUUGACAGUUGUACAGUCGUAUCAAAAAGUGAAAUACUUUAUUUUACUGGUAUAUUUGGUUUAGCAUCAUUACUUUGGGGUACAAUAUUUAUAAAUAGAAAUAAAAAAAAUGAAUCAGUCAAUGCAUUAAAUACAACUGGUAAAAUAAUAAAUAAAAGAAAAGCCAAAUUAUUAAUGUUUCCUGAAGGAACAAGACACUCGGAUAAUACACUUAGACCAUUUAAAAAAGGUGCAUUUAAUGUUGCUAUAUCAUCACAAGCACCAAUACAACCAAUUGUUGUUUCAAAAUAUUAUUAUAUUGAUCAUGAUAAAAAAAUAUUUAACUCAGGAAAAAGUUAUAUAACAAUACUACCAGCUAUUUCAACUGAAGGUAUGACUAAAAAUGAUCUUGAUACGUUGAUGAAAAAAUCAUAUGAUGUCAUGAAUCGAGAGUUUCAAAGUUCAACUAAUGAAAUAUUAGCUGAAGUUAAACGAGAAAAUAAUAAAUAAUUAAUACAAAAAUACGUUUUUUAAAGAAAUAAUUAAUAACAUUCAUUAAUUGAAAUUGUGUUUAUUCUUUUUAUUUUGAAUUAAUAAAAAUAAAUAAAUACUGACCAAGAUUUUUUUUAUUAUUUUGUGUUUAAAUGUCAUUUAUUACAUGUCACAAUGAUCCAGGCACAAUCAUCAGUCUCAUAUGAUUUGUAGUAUAUUCAAACUGACGUUAAACUAGGACAAAAAAUAUAAAUAAAAAACAAAAUCAUUUACUCCAAAAUCUCUAAAUUGAUGAAUUUAAUAUUUUAACACUGUUUUAUAUCUAUUUUUUACACUUGUGUUAUUAUUAUUAUUAUUAAUCAUUAAUCAUUAUAAUUAUUGGCAAUGAUUUGUGCCAAUUAAUUAUUAAGUCCUAAAUUGUAAGAUUGUUUUUCUAUUAUCUUAAAUAAAUUAAAUUUUACAAAUAUCUAUGAUUUAAAAAAAAAAUCUAACUGGCCUAGCAAACAGAAAAAAAAAAAAAAAAAAUUAAUAAAAAAUAAUAAGCGUUAUGACAAUGUGAGGUAACAGUUUUUUUUUUUUUUUUUUUUGUCUAUAAUAAUUUUUUUUAAUUGCUUCUUUAGCUCGUGUCAUUUUAAUUGAGCAUAUUAAUUAUUAUUAAUUAAUAAUUAGUGUAAACAAUACAAUUUAUAAAAUUUAAUACAAAAAAAAAAAAUUGUUUUUAUUUAAACGCGACUUUAAUACUGAUCCUACACAUUUUAUAUUGUUGCCUAAAAAGGUUUACAGUUAAUUUUAUUUAAUGACACGUUUA